AAUACGUUUGCGGGUCAAUGUCCACCAGAGGCCAAAUAAAAACACCACAAGCUCAGUGAGGUUCACUUUUCCGCUAAAAAGCAAGAUGAUGAUAAAGUUGUCCUCCUUUCUUUUAAUCGUCGUCUUCAUCCUCCGACAGGUGCCAGGCUGCCACUCGUCCUGCCUAAUAGUGGGCCCUGUAGCCAACUGUGCUUUCAAGAAUCUGCACUGGGUUCCUGUUCUGCCUCCCAACAUCACCCACCUGUACCUGGAAAUGAACCACAUCAGGGAGCUCAACGCCAACACUUUGUCUGGCUUGGAGCUGCUACAGGAGCUGGACCUGGGUCGCCAGUAUUCACCCCUUGUAAUCAGAGACCAAACAUUCAUUGGGCAAAGACGCCUGAAGAAGUUGGUUCUUGGCUUCAAUGUCAGACUUCAACUGGAGCCUCACGCUUUUUCAGGAUUGUCCGGUUUGCAGAGUCUCCACCUGGAUUACUGCGGUCUUGACGAUUCCAUCCUGCAGGGCGACUAUCUGAAGCCGCUGGCGUCUUUGGAGACACUUAACCUCUUUGCUAACCACAUAAAGAGACUUCAACCGUCAACGUUUUUUGCCAAUAUGACCAAUCUGAAACAUCUGAAUCUAAAACUAAAUCGUAUAAACAAAAUAUGCGAGCCCGACCUGGCCGCUUUUCAAGGGAAGCACUUUGAAUAUGUGAAUUUGGAGUCAAACAGCCUUCGUGUUAUGAACAGCAGUGACUGGCAUGAUUGUGGGAAUCCUUUCAGAGGAAUAUCCUUCAAAACUCUUGACUUGUCUCAUAACGGCUUGAGUAUAGCCAAAUUAAAGCAGUUUUUCGAGGCCGUUGAAGGCACAAAGAUCUCCCAUCUCAAGCUAUCAGGACACAUCGGUAAAGGUUUCUCGUUUAGCAACCUCCAGGAUGUAGACAGAAGCACAUUUGAAGGCCUACAGAACAGUUCUCUCAGUUUUCUGGAUCUGUCUAAAAACAGGAUAUUUGCGCUCCAAAAAGGAGUAUUCAGUCUCUUACCAGAUGCUAAAAUCAUCGACCUCUCAGGAAACAAAGUCAAUCAGAUACACAAAGGUGCCUUUGAGGGCCAGGAAGGUUUAAAGGCGCUCAACCUGUCUUGGAAUUUACUCGGGGAAAUCUACUCCCACAGUUUUGCUCCUCUAAGAAACUUACAAGUGUUAGAUUUAUCGAAUAAUCACAUCGGCGUGUUGGGCUUUCAGGCGUUCAGAGGACUUUUGAGUCUAAAAGAUUUAAAACUGACUGGAAACUCUCUAAGGCAGCUUGGAUUCCCCAGCCCUCUGCCGAGUUUAAACCAUCUCUAUUUGAAGGACAAUAAAUUAACAUCGAUGGACGGUUUCUCUUCAUUUGCCUCGAAUAUCACAUAUUUAAACAUCGAAGGCAACAGAGUGGAAAACCUGCUGGGAGUUAAGCUGAAACACCUCCGGCAGCUCCACCAUGGAGACAACCCUGUCAAGUGGUGCUCCACACCCCGAGGGGUGGGCAGUGUUGAGGUGUUAGAUCUCCACGGCAUAAAUCUUCAGUCCAUGUGGUCUCAAGGCACCUGCCUCAACAUCUUCAACCAUCAGCUGGUCAAACUUAACCUGAGCUCCAACGCCUUACGUGUUCUUCCUCAGGGCAUCUUCAAGCAUCUCAACGAACUUAUGGAGCUGGACCUGUCAUCCAAUGCCUUAACGCAUCUCCAGCCUCAUAUAUUUCCCAGAAGCCUGAAGUCACUUCAUCUGGCAGAUAACUUCAUAGCGUCUCCCGAUCCGACCGAUUUCUGUUCUCUCGGCAGCCUCGAUUUAAAGAUGAAUCGAUUCCGCUGUGAUGCAAACCUGAGGAGCUUCUUGAAAUGGCUGAACAAGACAAAUGUAACCUUCUUAAAUCCAGUUGAAGAAUUCAGGUGUGAAUUUCCUGUUGGUUUUCAUAAAGUUCCUCUUUUGGAUUACCACACUCAUCUUCUUGCCACUGAAAACUCUUAGCAGGGAUUUUCAUAAUUACCAUUUAAGAGUUACGAAAUUUGAUAUCUUAACACUUGUACACCCAAAACAGGCAUUACAUGUGUUUCUUAAGUCAGUAGUUCUCAAAUGGGGGUACUCGUACACCUAGGAGUACUUGAAGGUAUGCCAAGGGGUACGUGAGAUUUUUUUUUAAAUAUUCUGAAAAUAGCAACAAUUCAAAAAUCCUUUCUAAAAAUAUUUGUUGAAUAAUACUUCAACAAAAUAUGAAUGUAAGUUCAUAAACUGUGAAAAGAAAUGCAACAAUGCAAUAUUCAGUGUUGACAGAUAGUUUUUUUGUGGGCAUGUUCCAUAAAUAUUGAUGUUAAACAUUUCUUCACAAAAGAGAAAUGUUUAACAUCAAUAUUAUAAACCCAGAUGGAUCUCUAUUACAAUCCUCAAAGAGGGCACUUUAAGUUGAUGAUUACUUCUAUGUGUAGAAAUAUUUAUCAAUCAAUCAAUCAAUGUUUACGAAUGCAAGUGAUGUGCACGCCAGCUUUCUGAGGGAUCGCUUGUGCACGCCAGUUUUCCGAGACUCUGUAUUUAGUUAGCGCAGGCAGCAUGAAGCAGGGCUUUUAUUGUGAAGAUAGGAAAUGUGCAGUCGGCCUUUAGAGUUUUGACGGAAGGUACGGCGCGAGGGUCUGUUGAAAUAAAAAGUGUUUCUCGCCUUCCUCCCGGUCAUAUUUUCAUAAUAAUGAUCUUGCAGCAGCCAGCGUCAUCUCACAAGACCCUCCGGUACCGUGAAUGUCAUUUAAGUGACGUCUUGGUGAAGAUUGAUGAUCACUAAUUUUUAGGUCUAUUUUUUUUAAAAGCCUGGCUGGAGAUCGACUGACACAACCCCCGCGGUCGACUGGUAGCUCGCGAUCGACGUAAUGGGCACCCCUGAUAUAGACCCUCUCCCCGUGGACUGUAUUGUUUGGAGAGCGAGUGUUGGACAUAGAGCCAGUUUAGUUGCGUGCUACUGUCGCUGCGAGGGACACGGACUGCGCGAGGUUGGCGUGUCCAUUGCACGCGCUCAGGGACUUGUCGACAGAGAGGUGACCCAGGACGAGGCUGGUUCUCCUCUCGCUCCAGACUGGACCUCCUGAGUCGUGCUUGAAGAAGCACGGCAGUGCCUCCCCCCCUCAUCUCUACUCCACUACGGGAGGUGUCCCCCCUCUGCAAUGCUCCCUUUGCAUAGCAGUUUCUACUCUCUACCCCACCCUGAAGUGCACCACCGAUUCAUCAGGACCGCAACGGACAAUCUUCUGGCCCAGCCAUGGGGCCCAGGUUGGACUGUGUGUGUGUGUGUGUGUGUGUGUGUGUGUGUUGUGUGAUUGGAUUAAUGUGGGUUGUUCUAUUGGGGAGGUAGCGUGUGAGUGGGGAAGAGUGUAAUUAAUGUCUGGUUAUUGUAUGUUUAUUUGGGUAUAUAGUAAAUUGUUAAACUGUAUAAGCCGUCUCCCCUCACUCUCUCUUAGAUUAGAUUCUUAAAUAAAUAUUAAAUAAUUGGAGUCACCCC